GGAAGAACCAAAGCAUAACAGAUUCCAUUCAGCAUUCAAGAGCAUUACCCCAGCAAAGUCUGCUCAAGUUUAGAAAUGAUGUACAAGGCUCUAGAAUAAGCAAACAAAAGGGUAAAACAGCAUUAGAAGAGCUCAAGCUAGAGUUAUUACGAAAGGAGGGUAAACUUACCGAUGAUAGAGUGACUGAAAUCAGAAAUCAAGAGCAUUUAGAGCUAAAAGAUGAACCGACUAACGGCAAUGAGAUGACCAAGUCCGCACAAAAGAUACUGAACGAAGGCCAAGACGUGGAUGGAAAUGAUCAAAAUUAUGAGGUGGAGGAGGUCUCUGAAGAAGGCGAUGAUGAUGAUGAUGAUGAUGAUGAUGAUGAUGAUGAUGAUGAUGAUGAUGAUGAUGAUGAUGAUGAUACCGAAGCUCUAAUGGCUGAAUUGGCUAAGCUAAAGAAGGAAAAAGCGGAUGCUAAACAAAAGCAGGAAGAUAAAGAAAAGAAACAAAAGGCCUUGAGCUCUAAUCCCUUAGUACAAAUAACAGAUUCUGAAUCUUCUAACAAACCAAAGAAAAGUUGGAGAAAUAGUACUCCAUUCAACAACAAACCACAACCAAAGACAGAAGACGAGUUCACCAAUGAUACAUUAAACUCAGAUUUUCAUCAGAAGUUUUUAUCAAAGUACAUACGAUAGGUUUAUAUAUAUUAUUUAGAACACGGAAAUAAAUUUUAUUGAAAAC